GGACGUUACGUACAACUUGUAAUGGGUCCUGCCGGGACAGGAAAGUCCACUUAUUGCGCUACAAUGAUGACUCAUUGUCAAAAUAUUGAUAUUCGAGAUCUAAUUACUUUAGAAGAUGUUAUGGAAGAAUUACGAUAUGGUCCCUAUGGGAGGAUUAAUAUAUUGUCUGGAGUAAAUGGAUUGGAUUGGCUGGAAGAAGAAUUGGGAGAAUAUGAAGAUGAUUAUUUGAUCAUUGAUUGUCCAGACGAAUUUGUGACUGUUUACAACGAAUGCAUUUUCGCAUUUGUGGGGUGUAUUUGUUGGAAAGUCAGUUUAUUGAAGAUAAUUCGAUAUUCUUUGCUGGUAUUAAGUGCCAUGUCAGCAAUGAUAAGUUUAGAUCUUUUGGGUAAAGUUAAGAGAAAGGAACUAGAGUUUACUACAUUAUAUAUAUGUUCUACUUAUACCAUCAUUUUAUCUUAUCUUCAUGGUUCUUCAGAAGAUCAAGAACAAAAAGAACCAAAGAUAUGA